AUGGCACCCCGAAGCGAAGACGCACAGCGGGCCGGCCACGAUCCUUAUGUCUGCAAACUGCGCAGCACUCAGAAACGACUUGGGUUCCUGAAGAUAACGGCCAAACUAUCCGGGACUUUCUCUCGCAUCGGCGUUCAGGAGACUAUCGUGACGAGCUCCGUCCGGCAAGGAAGCCGAGACGAGAUUUUCCCACGAGACCGAGACUCCAGUGACACACGCACGGCGCUUCGAACCGGACAAGCAGCAGCCGCUGUUUCUGGCCUCGUCUGCUUCUUAUCGAUAAGGCGGUUCUUUCCAUCUUUCUUUGCCGAAGUGGCAGGGAACAUCGUUGAUCCGGGUCGGCACUGGCAUAAACUUCCUCAAUCGGGCUUAGCGCGGUUCCUGCAGGCUGUUUCCUCGGCAGCCACAGCAGCUCAUGAUUGGCCAGCCUCACCGAUUGCCGUCCUCCAGACUGGGCGCGAGGUGGAGACCGUGGCUUGA